CAUGAAUUAAGAAAAGGAAACGAUAAUAAUUUUCGUGGAAUAUGUUCAAGUGAUAGAACAGCAAAAAGUGUUAGUCAAUGGACGAAAAUAUUUCCGUGAGAAACAAAUAGUCCAGGAUGAUCGCCUCACACACUGGCCUCACAGAUCCUGACCUUCGUGGCGCAUCUGCAGACGACCUUCGUGACCUUCCAGUGCACUGGGUCAAUGUCCCACUUCCUCUUUCUUUUCUUCGUCUCCUCUUUUCGUUCUUUCGUCGUCCUUCGUUUUCAAUUUCCCAUUCCGAGGCGCCAUAGAAAGUUUUCUCAGGAUCGCGGCAAUACGAGAGAGUAAUGUAAAGAGGGAGAUGGAAAGAUCGUGAAAUCAAUUGGCAGAGAGAAAGAGAAAAAAAGGGAACGAAAAAGAGAAACAGUGAGGACUAAAUCAGAAUAAAAAAAAAAUAGACUCAGUAAGUAAAUAAAGAUAAAUAGAAAGGCAAGAAAUGUAAACCAAGUGUCUUUCCCCCACCAGUCCAGCGCCAGCCAUGAGCAAGACUCUCGCCGAGCGCCUGCAGCUGUGCCCCGACCCGCCUCGAGGUCAGAAGAGACCCUCGUGGACCAGCUCCUCCUCGAGUUACUCCUCAUCCUCGACCAAGAGGAGGGGCGUCGACGACUCGGCCUCGAAGUACAGUUCGCCUAAAAACAGCGGCAAGAAAUCCUGGAGCGGCGAGGACAAGACGAGAGACAAGAGGAGGUCCGAGAAGCGCGAGAGCCAACAUGGAGGCGGCCAGAAAAGGGAGCAGGCGAGGAAGAGGGACGGCAGCCUCUCCCUCGGCGGCGUGGCUUGUUACGCGUGCGAGGAGGCUGUGGACGAAGGCAAGUUCCAGUCGCACCUGUUCUUCGGCGCCGUGCACUGCCGGGACUGCACCCUCGCCAUCUCCUCGUGUGAGAAGUUCGCGAGGCUGCGACGGCGAUGCGGGAGCGAGUCGAGCAGCGCGAGCGCCUCGGAUACGACGGGCGGCGGCGCCAAGUGCUCGCACAGGGCCCUCAAGUGGAGUCACAGCCCCGUGGCCUUCCUGAAGAAGCACCUCAAGCGAGAUAUGGCCAGAGCGAGGACGUGCGAGAUCGAGGGCUCAGUAGGCCUAGUGAGGAGCGUAUCGUUAUAUGUGGAAAAACUAUCGAGUUUACAGUCCUUCGUCCCUUGGCGAUCUGCUCUCCGGAAGAUAAUGGAGUUCGUGAUCUCUAAGAGCUCGGAGAGAGAACGAGCAGCAUCCAGAGGGGAAAGCGGAAUCUCCAGAAGCGACAGGAAGCUCUCGCAGGAUCCUUCCAAAAGUAGAAGGAAGUCCUGUGGCGGUUCUGAAUUACAGUCCUUAAGAAGUGCCUCAGUCCGGUGGGAAAACAGCUCUUCAGAGACCAAGGGUCGUGCUGCUCAGCAGGAGCCCCCUGAGGUAUUCGCGAAGGAAUUCCAGGCAGCCCCAAUGCCCUCGACCACCGAACCAGAGGCUCAAGCUUCCUCCACCACCUCGACCUUGGAGGCUGAUCAGCAGACGAUAGCGGAAGGCCACCUUGUCCCGCAGACUGUCGAGGAGGAGCUCGUUAUCUCGGAGUGGGAAGGUGAUGUGAUUAACUUACAAAUGGGCUUCCCGGAAACCCCUUAUACCCUCGUAGAAGAUUUGGAAGAAACUCACAUCCUCAGAAAAUCCUUGGGGAAAGAUCUGGUAGAAACGGGCUUCGCUGCAGGUCUCCCACCCUUGAAAGACAGGCUCGAAGGAGCGGGCGAAGGAAGUCAAGCCGCGAACAGGGAAGAUUUCGAAAAGGGAACUCCCAGAAUAUCCCAGACUGCAAGAGACAAGAGAGCAGGAUGCCCAACAGCUGAAGAAUCGAACCACAAAAUCCCAGGAAUAAGAAAAGCUUCGCCAUAUACGAAGGAAAGUGAAAUAAUCAUCGUCUCUGCCACACUGCUCGGAUUAGCCGGAGGCCUAACCGACUGCCCGGACUUCGUCGUUUUGGAGGUCGACGCGAAGGACAUUGACGGCAAGCGAAUCCUCAAGUCGACAUAUGAGGAGGAGGUCGACGUGGAAAUGGUGGAAGGCACGGACGACAGUGAUGGGACGGGAGGAGGAGGGGGAGGCGAUGAGGACGAAGAGGAGGACACUGGAGGAGGAGAGGAAGAAGAAGAAACUGGAGAAGGAGAGGAAGAAGAGGGGGAAGAAGUAUACACUGGAGGAGGAGAGGAAGAAGAGGGGGAAGAAGCAAACAUUGGAGGAGGAGAGGAAGAGGAGAAUACUAGAAAAGCAGAGGAUGCGGAUGAAAAAGAGAAACAAGGGACAAGGAGUGUAACACAGAGAGAAGGAAAUGAUGUCGCAGAUUACGAACACAGUGACCUAAGGAAUCAAAGAAUGAAAUGUGAAGUGAAAAAAGAAGAAAAUAGACGAGAAAGACGUAAAAAAGUAUUUCUUUCUUUGAAUUCGAAGGAGGAAAUGGAGGAAGGAAAAAUUAUAGACUCAAGGGGCUGCGGUGUCAGGGACAAACCAAGAAGGUCCUUGAGGGAGAUUACUAAACACUAUAAGGUAGAAGAGGAAGACGAAUUGGAAACAGAAACUAGAGAAAAGAAGAAAGAGGAGCAACAAAGGGAUGGAAGAUUCAGGAAAAGACGCAGAAGAUUCAAAGCUCUAGACGAAAUAGAAAACGAUGUGAGGAGAAGAUCAAUUAGACUCAAAGAAGAGAAGGAAGAAGAUGAAGACGAAGAGGAAGACCUGUGGAAAGCACCGAAGAGACUCAGGGAAGAAAAGGAAGAGGAAGAGGACCUGUCCAGCCCCCCGAAAGAAUACAACCUGAGGAGCAAGCGGAGACACCGAGCUUCCAAAGAGUUCCUCAAGAGGCUGGAGGAAUAUGAGCGGAGAAGAUUACUCAAGCGCUUCCCUUCGUCCUCAGGAGAGAGGAGAGUGGAUCCUCCUGCUUCGCACUUCUCCUCCUGCGACUCCUCUUCCUCUUUCUCUUCUUCCUUCUCCUCCUCCCCCUCCGCCUCUCUCGCCUCUUCGUCUUCCUCUUCCUCAAGCAGCCUCGAGGAGUGCGACCGCGCGUGGGAGGACGGGUCGGCAGAGGGGAGCGAGAGGGGGUCGCCGAGAGCUAAGGACGCCCCCGAGGACCCGAGAUCCAUCGCGGGCUUGCCUCCGCCUCAAGACGCCUCCUCCGGGACCCAUCAGUCCUCGGAGCGGUCCGUCCUCAGGUAUUCCCGUGAGACCUCGAGCGACAGGAGGCGAAUCAAGGAGCGAAUCCGUAAGAGCGUGACCUUCGCCAAGGAUGUCCUGGGUCCUUCGCCGCUCCGCCUCCCGCCGGCGGCCGCCCCGUCGUCGGUGCACCGCGUGACGCCGCCCCGCGACGGCUACUACUACGUGGUCACGUACCCCCGCGACCCGUGCCCGCGCGAGUGCCCGAUGUGCUAUUUCCGCGUGUUCCCGUCCAUGUUCGCGCUGGACCCGCGCUCGCUCCUGGCCACGACCACCUGCCUGGGCUGCCCGCUCACCAUUUACAUCGUCCACGACCCCCACCACGACCCCCACCACGACCCCCACCACGACCGCCGCGCCGAGGGCCCCCCCCGCCCCCCCAGGGUCGUCUUCGAGGGCGGGGACUCCCCCUGCGGCCGCGAGCGCUACCGACCGCGACCGGCCAGGUUCAAGGUGCCGAAGGGGUCGCGCGCCAAGGCUCUCAAGGAGUCGACCUUCAAGGCGCUCAAGGGCCCGAGGAAGAGCCUCCAGCAGCGCCAGAAGGUCAACAAGCUCUCCAUCAAGCAUUUCUUCAGAAACUGACUGAAUGAUCUCACGGGAAGACUUGUACGCACAUCCGCAGGUAUAUAGGAAUUCCU